AUGGCAGUCGGGGAACGGCCUUCUUCGUGUUCCUCUCCCCAGCCGGCAUUGCUGGGCUUGGGGGCAGCUCUGCUCUCUUUCUGCAUCUCCGCUGUGCUCUCCCAGGUCCCGGAUCCAGAGCUUUUACCGACAGAUCCCCCAAAGAAGCCAGACCCAGUCACUUCAGAAACAGUCGUAUUCUGGGGACUGCGGUUAUGGCAAGUCAUUGGUAUCUUCUCUAUGUUUAUUCUAGCAGUCAUCAUCACCCUAUGCUGCAUCUUCAAAUGCCGUAUCCCCAGGACGAAGAAGGAGAUUGAGGCGCGACAUGCUCAGAGAGUAGCAGCUAAGGACUACGCCAACACACUGGAGACUGUGCCUCCUCUCAACGAGCUCACAGAGAUCCCAGGAGCUGUAGUUGUGGUGAAAAAAGAAGAGGUGACAACAGUCUCAGGAAAAGUGGACGGUGAAAAGGGGGGAAAGAAGACCAAGGAGAAGAAAGAGGGCAAGGGUGCCAAGGAGGGAAAGGAUGAUGAAAAGGAGGGAUCUGCUAACAAAAAAGGAGAAAAAGGGGAAAAGGGGGAAAAAGGGGGAGGAAAGAAAGGAGAAGCAAGUGAAGGAAAAGGGAAGAAGAGUAGAGAAGGGGAGAAAGGAGGAGGUGAUAAAGGAGGAGGUGCAAAAGGAGGUGCUAAGGGGGGAGCCAAGAAACCUCCUUCGAAAAAGUAA